AUGACAAAACACCUAUACCUUGACAAAGUUCAGGAGCUGUUGAAGGCGUUUCCUACCUUCACUAUCCAACAAGUACCCCUGGCAAAGAACGCGCAUGCAGAUGCACUAGCCAGCCUAGGGUCAGCGUUGGAUACCCAGUUCAGACGCUCCAUCCCGGUCGAACACCUUGAUCGACUUGAAGAAAUAAAGCCAAUCGACACCAUGCAAAUUGACGAGGACCCCAACUGGCAAGACCCCAUCAUUGACUACUUAGUGAAUGGAAACCUGCCACCGGACAAGUCCGAAGCUAGGAAGGUCCAGCAGAAGGCCGCGAGAUACUACAUGCACGACAACAAGCUCAUCCCCAUAUCAUACUCCGGCCCUCGCCUUACCUGCAUAAAAUACCCUCAAACACUUGAGGUCCUCUGCAAAAUUCACGACGGCGAGUGUGGCAACCACUGUGGGGGCAGAUUACUCGCCUAUAAGGCUCUAAACACAAGCUACUUCUGGCCUACCAUGCGCCACGACUUCACUGAAUAUGUCAAGAAAUGUGGUCGCUGCUAG